AUGGCGGAGAGUCUCUUCUCAAGCCCAACUGGAUCGCCGCGCCGCCCGACCUCGCACGCGCAUGCCAUCUCAGCACAGCCCCCCAAGAGCGUGGGCAGCCCUUUAUCCGCUGAGACGCGGCGCCAUGACGAUGCCGAUGAGCUCGUCAACACGAGCAGCAGUGAGGAGGUGUUCUACACGCCUAGAGCCGAGCUUUUCACAACGCACAGUGCUGGCAAAUCGGCUCGCUCAAUGCGGCACCGCUCAAGCCACUCGCCCAGCAUCAACUCCAACUCGUACUCGCUGGUCAGCCCCACCUCGUUCCUUUUGCGUGGCCCCCGCUUACUUGCAUCAUCUGGCCAUACUAACCAUUUCAUGCCCCCACAUGACCUUGCUUUCCCGGCCACCUACGACUUGUCUCCCCGCAACAUCCGUAGCGAGCUCGAGCAUCGCGACAUUAUCAAGACGAUUUGA